AUGCGGCAAGAGUCAGACUUCUACCAGCCAGAGGAAGAUUUAUUCAUAGGUGACUUUUCCAUGAGUGCGCCUAGGCUUCAUCCACGUGCCUGUUUGCAGCGCCGACUUUUUGCCUUCAAGGCCUGGGAUCAGCCCAGCAGGCUAUACACCAAUGUGCCCAACUACCCCUGUAUCCCGCCCCAAGCACCAACCCACUGCGGCGACUUAAUGUUUGUUAACCAGACCAGCAAUGCCUCCCUCAGCCUGUCGGACUGCAUGCAGACCAUGAAGAGCAUCCAGAAAACAGACGGCGAUUGGGAGGUUAAGAACACAAUCAGUAAUGAGCACCAGCUCGUACAGUUCAGCUCGUGCGCCUUUUGGGUCCAGGGCCAGGGGAAGAACAGCAACAUCAACUUCAACAUUAGUGCUCAGGACAUUAUUAAUAUCGUACUAAUAUCGUUUAGUUGGUCUGGAAAGGUUGGUGCGAAGGGGGUGAUGUCUUGCGACAGAACAGUCAAGGGCCAACAGGUUGAAUGCGGGCUAUAUUAG